AUGUCUAAUAAGCAGUUGGUUAAACCAAAAACAGAGACAAAGACGGAAAUCACCACCGAGCAGUCUCAAAAAUUACUUCAAACAAUGCUAACCAUGUCUUUUGGCUGCUUAGCCUUCCUUAGGGGGUUGUUCCCGGACGAUAUAUUUGUCGACCAACGAUUCGUUCCAGAAAAAGUCGAGAAAAACUACAACAAGCAAGCCACAUCCCAAAACAAUUCCAUCAAAAUCAAAACUUUGGUUAGAGGUAAAUCGAGUCAAGUGGAUUUGUUAUUAGAUUGGCUGGAGAAGGGUGUCUUCAAAUCGAUUCGUUUAAAGUGUUUAAAGGCCCUCUCGCUAGGUAUUUUUCUGGAAGAUCCCACCGAUCUCUUAGAGAAUUAUAUUUUUAGUUUUAAUUAUGAUGAAGCAAAUAAUGUUAAUAUCAGUGUCGAUUUAGGUGACGACAAAAAAGAAAAUAAAAACAUUAGCGAGGAAAACGAAACAAUUUCUUUGUUAGAUUCAAGGAAAAUGGUUCAGCAAUUAAUGAGACGAUUCAUCAUUAUCACUCAAUCUUUGGAACCUUUGCCUCAAAAAAAAUUUCUCACAAUGAGGUUGAUGUUCAAUGAUAAUGCCGAUGAAGAUUACCAACCGGAAUUGUUCAAAGAUGCCACCUUCGACAAAAGAGCAACGUUGAGGGUCCCCACAAAUUUAGACAGUGAUGCCUUCGAUGUUGGCACUCUAAACACGAAGCAUCAUAAAGUGGCUCUUUCUGUUUUAUCGGCGGCUACAUCCGCUAUGGAAAAAGCUGAAGGCACAAAUUUUAUUAGAGUAGAUCCCUUUGAAAUCAUUUUACACCAGCAAGAACAAAGUCAACGGGACAAAUCAAUUCCUGCAAAACCUCAGAGUUUUGUCACAAGCCAAACAACAAACGUGCUUGGAGAUCUUCUAAAUUCUUCACAAGCAAGUAUACAGCCAACUCAAUUUGUUGUAAACAACCCAGCCACUUCUCUUUGUAGCUGUGAAUGUGAGUUGGAGGUUCCCAAAGCAGCCACUGUUUUGAAAACUUGUAAAAGUUGCCGAAAGACAUUGCACGGAAUCUGUUAUGGCAAUUUUUUACAUUCAUCAAUCGAAAAAUGUUUCUCAUGUAUCUUUGGCCCUUCAUUAGACACUAAAUGGUGCAAAUUUCAGGAUCUUAUGAUGAUUAGAAAGGUAUUUAGGUUUCUGGUAAGGAAAAAGAAAGGUUUUCCAGCUUCUAUAACAGAGCUGAUUAAUAGUUUUAUUAACCCUAAAGAUCAAAAUAACGAGCUAAAGGAAAGAGUUAUUUUCGCUUUAUUCGUUUUCUUUCUGGACGAGACACUUUGUCUUGAUAAUGGGGGUAAACCUAGUCAAACUAUUAGGUAUGUGACAAGCUCGGUACUUGUUGAUGUAAAGGGCAUUGUCACACCACAUAAUAAAAAACCACUCAAAGCAAACCACGAAUAUAUAUGGCGCUUCACCACCAGUUCUCCCAAAGCUGAAAGCUUUUACCAAGAAGUUCUACCAAACUCAAGAAGGCAAAUUGAGUCAUGGUUGGACGAUAUCACUAACUUAAGGAAAUUGUACGCUGAUGCUCUUUCCCCCUCUUCAACUUUGCAAGAGCUAGACCUUAAUUCAAGCCUACCAACACAAGAUCCAAUCAUCAUUGGUCAAAAAAGAAAGCAUUAUAACCUUGACGAAUACUUACAGGAUGACAAAAGCUCAGUUAUUGAAGAUACGGUAAAAGCAAAAGACUUUGAUGAAAAUGUGCCAGCGAAGAUUCGUAAAAUCAGCGUUUCUAAAAAAACAUUGAAAAGCAAUUGGUAG